AUGUCGGGCCGUUCGAGUCCCGUAAACGGUGGCUAUGAGGCUGCUGAGCCCGCUAUGAGGCUCUCGGUCCGGAAGGACCUUUUUCCUGAUAUCCACCUCUCCCAAGUAACUUCUGACUCUGACUCUGACACAGCUCAAGACGAACUUGAAAGUGUUUCUUGUGUUAAGCUUGAGACAGAUUUUGAGCAGAGCAUUGACGAUAUUGCUCACCAAAGGAUGCAAGUGGUCAACGGAGCGCUGUCGUCCCCGACACGGCCUCGCCACAGAAAACAUAAACAGCACUCCAGACGUGAUACAGACCAUUCAACUUUUAAUGGAUGUAUCCCAAAGGAAAAGAAAAGAAAAAAACGUUCUCAUAAUUCUCAUAAAAGGACGCAUUCUUCUAAUAGUAUAGUAUCAAAGGUGAAAGGUGGUAAAAACUUGAACUUAGUGAGUAGUAGUGAGUGUCAGGAAGAUGAAGAAGGUGAAGAUGUAGAAGAAGAAAGUGAAAGUUCAGAAGAUGAACUCCUUACGCCUAGUAUAAAGUUACCGUUAAUUAAUAUGCCACGGCAAAGUGGUAAACCAUACAGUCAUGAACUUAGUCAAUUAUCAUCAAAAAAGAGUAAAGCAAAGGAAUCAAGAACUCAUAUAGUGAUACCUUGUAGUGGUAAACCUCGUUCAAUGUUGGACUUAUGUAGUUCUCGUAGCAAAAAGAAAUCUAAAAAGUCUGAGUGUGCAGCCACAUAUCGAAGUCAGAUUGUGGACACAAAAACUAAAAUAAAAAUUAAGAUAAGAAGGACAAGUGUUCAAGAAACGCUGCGCCUGGCUCCCAAAAGAGAGGUAACACCAACGCCAACAUCAAUAGCUGACAUUGGGCAGAGAAAGUCUAAAAAGAAACGAGCCGCCUCACCUGUAGCGAGUGCGAGCUCCGGUGAAGAAUACGACCCGUCCAGAGGGGACACUGCAGCGGUCAUGAGUGUCGCAGCAACCAAGCCACGACAGCCUCGCCCGAAAGCUAGGAAAUCUAAUAAUAAUAACUCCCGAACUAAAGAUAAAGCUCAAAAGACUGAAAGAACUAGAGGUAACGCAACAGAAAGUAAGGAAAGUGGACCGCAAAGUCCAUGGGCGCAUUCCAUGCCUGAGGAGAUUUUAAUAAAAAUUUUCGAAUAUGUCGUCCAACAAGGCACUCUGCCUGCCAUAGUUAGAUUGAGUAGAGUGUGUAAAUUAUGGCACAGUGUCAGCUGUAGGCCAGAACUGUGGAAGAAUGUAGACCUUGCGCAAUAUACCGUCGAAAAAUGUAAAACUGACUACAAACUGGUCUGGCUUCUCGAAAAUCGUUUGUCGCAAUGUCAGAGUUUAAAUAUUGCUCAAUGGAAGGUGUGUAAUAUUUCGUGGGUGCUAGCGUGCGUGGUGGACUACUGUCCCGGACUAGUGGAGCUAAGCGUGGCGGGCUGGAGCCGCAUCACUCCCGAACAGUUGUUCGAUCUCGUGCAGGGCUUGACUAACUUGCAACGCCUUGAUCUGUCGCUUACGUCGGAGACGGGCGGUUCGAGCACGUGCCUGUCGGCGGCGUCGAUGGCGCGCGUCGCGUCUAACUUCGGCGAGCGGCUCACGCACCUCACUCUAGCAAACAACAAGUUCUCUGCGCUACCGCAAAUACUUUCUUCAGUGGCUUCACACUGUCCGAAUCUCGAAGUGCUAGAUAUAUCAGGUGCGUUGGCGACGUCCCAUCCAGCACCAAUACCGCUGGAGUCCUUACAAAAGGGCUGUCCGAAAAUGAGGGUUUUUAGGGCAGCCAACGCCCAAUUAGUUCUCGCCUCAGUUUCGGCUUCACAACAGAUGAGCGCGAGCGGGUGGACGCAGCUGGAGGAGGUGUCGAUCGCGUGCAGCGCGGCGGAGGAGCGCGCGGCGGUGGGCGAGUACCGGCUGGGCGACGAGGCGCUGGCGCGGCUGCUGCGCGCCGCCACGCGCCUGCGCCUGCUGGACCUGCGCGGCCUGCAGCGCCUCACCGACUCCGGCCUCGUGCGCGUGCCCGCCUGGGACCUGCAGCAUCUCUUCCUUGGUGGCUGCAACGUACUGCGCCAGACGAACGCGUGUCUCGAACUGAUCUGCGAGAAGUGGUCCCACAGCUUGCUGGAGCUGGACCUGUCGUGGGCCUCCGCCGCCAAGGUGCUGCACGACGCCGUCUCCGCGCUAGCCGACUCGCCGAGUAGCAAGUUAAGAAUACUCAAUCUAUGUGGAUCAUCCGUUUCUUACGAAGCUGUUAAGAAAGUUCUUUUAAAAUGUCCUCAUAUUGAAUCCUUGAACUUAAGUUCGUGUAGAGCUCUACCGAGAGGUAUGAAACGACUUUACACGGGUAAAGAACUUCAAGACUUGAAAGACAGUCUAGAUCCAGAAAAAGUUAAGCUCAAAGAAAGUAAAAAAGAGGAAUCCAAGAAGAAAAAAUCGAAGGUUGAUACUGAUUCGAAAACUGACGUGGGGAAAGAGUCUCGAAAAAGCGACGUUCCCGAAAGUUCAGGUAGUAAUAUGGACGUAAAAUCUCCAUAUAAGUCUUCCCAGGGAGUGUUUCAGGAGCCAAAAAGUGUAUCCGACGUGGGUACUAGUUUGUCAGACAAGCGUACUUCCACUGAAGCACAUAAAAAGGCUUCUCCUAGCAGUAAAGUCCUUGAACAAUCCAAAAAUAUUUUAGACAAUGUUAUAUCUAAUAUUGAAAGUACACAAUUUCCAAAAGGCUCGAAAACGCCCACGCUGUCGAGUCCCCUUGCUCAAUUAAAACCAGACUCUUCCUCAACGCCAAGAUCGGAUUCUGUCAAGACUGACAUGGGGAGUCCGCACUUUAGUCCCGUCCAAAAACCCGACAGCCAGGUACCCAGCAGCCCCGACGUCCAGCCUGAAUCGGUCAAAAGUAACCACUCCUGGAAUCUAGGACAAUUCAAGGGUACACCCUCUCAUAAGUCUGAAGCGAGUCCACUCAAUAGGCUUGAAAGUCACACUAAACUUAGGCACGGCAAAGUCAUCGAACAAUGCAGUCCGACAACUUCUUUAGAAAACAAACCUAGUCCAGAAACCUUAGCAAUGAAACAUAAAGAGCAGGAUAUUAAGAAUCCUAACAAUUGGAACUAUGGAAGUUAUAGUCCAAUGCCGAGGCAGGAUAACCAGUUCUCUUCCCAAAGAAGUCCAUAUUCCGCUCAGCCGAGCCCCGCCCAGCCGAGUCCGUAUUCGACACAGCCGAGCCCCUACUCCACCCAGCCUAGUCCAUACUCAUCACAACCUAGUCCCUACUCUGCUCAACCGAGUCCCGACACCAGUCAAAUAGUCAAGCAGGAUCUACAAAAGACUGGGGCGUGGAACACCGGCAAUUACAGUCCCAUGCCAAAACAUCACGCGCCCUUCUCGCCGCACCCAUCGACGCACACGAGCCCCGACCCCGGCCUGGGCGUGAAGUGUGAUACUAUGCGCGGCAACCCCAACAAGACGCCCGGCCAGUACAGCCCCAUGUCGCGCCAGCAGCACCACAGCCCUUACUCACCGCGUCCCAGUGUAGAGAACAGCUACAGCAACAAAAAGAGCCCCGGCGUCGGCAAGUACAGCCCCAUGAUGCGCCCGGACUGUCACCUGCCCAGCCCCGAGGGAGGUCACGCCGCGCGGCCGCACUUAGUGGCGCGAGCCCAGGACGUGUACGGACGCUCGCUUCCUAAGGUCCCCGAGGUGACUCAGCCUAUCCCACCGCCUGAAAUUCCUAAUUCUUGGGGAUUCAACCACAUGGGUACCCCCACGUCUACACCGAGCAUCGAGUCGUUGUGGGGUGGGUUCGAUGCCGAGGCGACCGCGGGGCCUGGCGCCGGGGUGACGGGUGGCGGCGUGGAGGUGACGGGCAUGCUGCAGACGCCGCCGCCGGCGCCCUGGGGAGACCCCUGGGCGCUGGGGCAGUUCCGCGUGGAGCCGCCGGCGCCCGUGCAUACCUUCGUGGAGCAGAGCGUGAGCUUCGAGUCGCUGAGCGCGCACUCCUCGCACGCGGGACACGGGGGGCACGGGGGACACGCGGGGCACUCGCACGCCCUGCACAGCUACCUGGACGAGGGGUACCCCGAGGCGUCGCGCGUGGAC